AUUCAUAAUCUGACUCCAAAACAUCCUCUGUAGGAUACUCUGCCACAUGGCCUUCCAGCACUUCUCCCACUAAUUGUAACCAGCUCUCCAUCCUGGAACCCUACUGGCCACCUUUUGGAGUUGCAUCCAACAUCUACUAACCCUCAUCUGUUGCUUCUCAGCAGACCAUUUGCCUCCCUACCCCCUGGGAAUAUUUGGUAAUAUCUGGAGACAUCUUUGGUUGUGACCCCUGCAUUGGUGGGGAAAGUGCUCCUGGCAUGUGCUGGGUAGACGCCAGGGGUACUGACAACCAUCCCACAAGGCACAGCAACAACCCGGUCCCGUAUGUCAACAGUGUUGAGGUGGAGAGGUCCUGCCUAACACCAUGCCUAAUCCUCAAGUCUAAGCCUGUUCCUGACAGCAAAGUGGUCAGGAAUGCCCUAGAAGCCAGGCUGCCUGCCAUCAAAGGGAGGCUCGGCCCCUUCCAAGCUGGUGACUUAUCUGGGCCUCAGUUUUCUCCAUCAUAAAAGGGGACAGCUAAACUCACCUUGCCAGAGCUGUUCUUGGAGUAAAUGAAGGCAAACAGAGUGUCUGACACAUAAAGUCAAUAAGUACCACUGAACAGUAGCCACUGUCAUUUCAUCAAUAGCAAGGCCAUGAUUAGGCCCUGCUCCAAAGGGAUCUCUGCCCUCAGGUGGUGCUACCCCUGAUCUGGGCUUCUCUUGGUGGUGCUGCCUCUUAGCAGGGUGCCCCCAGCAGUGCUAUUUCUCUCCUGCUUCUACCCACACUGGUCCCUCCAGGAGAGGCUAGCACUGCAUCUCCUUCUUAGAGCAUGAGGUGAGGUGCCCGUGUGUCCAGGGCCAGAUAGCUUAGACAGCAACCCUGUAUGGGAAAGACAAGGAGGUCAGCUAAGGGACCCUAGCAGAGCCCCACACAUCUAUUCUGGUGACCCACAGUCUGCCCAGACAUGCCCUUGGGUGGCUCUGUGCUGUUCACUUCAUGGCAGUUUCUGUUGCACUUGUGUGGAACACUGCCAUGAGGCUAUAGCAUCCAGGCUCUUCUUGGCAGGGGCUGGGGGCCCUGGGGUCUGCCCAACCUGGUGAGGAACCCACAGCACCACCAUUCCCUUCUCUGGGACCCAGGGAAAGUGCCUUCCCUUCUCUGGUUUAGGUUCCUCCUCUCUGGGGACCUGGGAUUAGAUGAGAAGUCCUGUCUGCAUAGCACAGACCACUGAGUUCAUGAGGUGGCAUUCGUGCACUGCACGUGACUGUGAAUAAUACAUGCCUAGUCUGUGAGGAGAAGACCUGAGCUCCAAGACCUUGGGAAAGUCCUUUCCUGUCUCUGUGCUGUGGUCCUCCUCUGCCCACGGCUCACCACCUCUGAGCCUCAGUUUCCUUAUCUGUCAAAUGUAGGCACUGUGAGGGUCACAAUGAGCACAAAGCCCUGAGCACAGGGUGACUUCUGAGUGUUAUCAUUACUAUUUUUUUUGGCGGGGGGGGGGUCAGACUCUCACUCUUGUCACCCUAGGUAGAGUGCUGUGGCAUCACAGCUGAAAGCACCUUCAAACUCUUAGGUUCAAGUGAUCCUCUUGCCUUAGCCUCCCAAGUAGCUGGAACUACAGGCACCUGCCACACGCCUGGCUAAUUUUUUUUUAGUAGAAAACUCUUGCUCUUGCUCAGAGCUGGUCUUGAACUCCUGAACUCAGGCAAUCCACCCGCCUCAGCCUCCCAGAGUGCUAAGAUUACAGGCAUGAGCCACAGUGCAGGCCUCUGAUUACAAUUUUGCUGACUUGAGCUCUUUCAGCAGGCAGCCUUAUAGGCUCUGUCCAGUUGUCCGAUUUUAUUUCCUUUUGGCCACUGCUUCGCCCCUCCCCCUCCCCCGCAAUGUCAUAUGCUUUCUGACUCAUACACACCUCCAACCUCUCCCUCCAUCAAACCUCAUCCCUCUUUGAUUCAAUGUCCAAGUUUCCCAUCUUGCUCUUUCUUGGUAAUGUCUCCGACUCCUUUGCUAUAGAGAAUCUGCCUACCUCUGGCUUUUCUCCUUACCAACCCCCUUGUUCCCACUCCCUUGCCCCCAAGAAAAGUCCCCACCAUUGCUUCCCCACCCUUCCCACUUUGGGGUGCUGCCCACACUCUGCCCCAAGCUGAGUCCAGAGGAGGGGCAAGGGCGUGGCCUGGGUGCUCUCACUGCCAGGUGGCCACUCUAGCCCCCACCCCACAGUUCUGACUAGUACUGACUCAGAUGCUGUUUGCAGGACUUCCCUGGAUUCUCUCACUCAACCCUAAAACACUGUAAUGGCCCCAUUUCACAGCUGCAGACAGGAGCCACAGAGAGGGGAAGCCCUUACCCAAAGUCCCCAGCUGGCAGGCACCAGGCUUAGGCUCCAGGUGGGCUGGCACAGAGCCCAUCCCCUGACCACCAUGCUGCUGCCUGCGAGCCCCGCUGCCACCCCUACUUCAAGGAGGAGAGGCUAAGGACAGAGUGAGCCAUCAGGGCAUGAUGACAGCUGACAGAGUAGGACUCGGGAGAAAAGAGGCCGGGCCCAAGCACCUGGAGCCCCACAGCCUGGGUGAGACCCUCUGUCCUCCUGUCAUUGAAAUCAAGGAGGCAGAGAGCUCAGGGUGGGUAGAAAAAGGACCUGGUGAUCAGGGACCAGGGCAGGGCAGGCCGAAAGGGCAGUCCCUCCUGUCAGCAAGAUUACCUGAGUAUUUCUGGCCUCUAAACUGCCCCAGGCCUAUUUGGGGCAAGAAUAAGAAAUGGACUGAUUUACUUCCUCCCAAGUCCAUUUCUCCCACUGGCCACCGCCCUCCCGCAUCCCCAGCCCCAAACUAGACUCUGAGCAUCUGACUUUGUAACUCCCAGAUAGCAGUUUCAUUUCCCUGCUGAUUCCCCAAGGGAGGGGUGGGUGGUGCUCAGCUGGUUUAAGGGGAGAGAAGGGGCUGCAGGGCCUGCAGAGGGCAGAGGAGAGAAAAGCACCAGGCUGUGCUGCAGUCCCAGAGCUGGAGACCCCAUCUCCCACUGAGAGACAUGGCCCCAUUGGCUCUGCGCCUCCUCGUCCUCAUCCCCGUCCUCCUCAGCCUGACGGCCUCCCUGGACUGGAAGGCUGACCCUAUCCAGGACCCCUUCGAGAAAUGCAUGCAUGAUCCUGACUAUGAUCAGCUGCUCAAGGUGGUAACUUUGGGCCUCAAUCGGACUCUGAAGCCCCAGAGGGUGAUUGUGGUUGGUGCUGGCCUGGCUGGGCUGGUGGCCGCCAAGGUGCUCAGUGAUGCCGGACACAAGGUCACCAUCCUGGAGGCAGACAACAGGGUUGGGGGCCGCAUCUUCACCUACCGGAACCAAAAGACUGGCUGGACUGGGGAGCUGGGAGCCAUGCGCAUGCCCAGCUCCCACAGGAUCCUUCACAAGCUCUGCAAGAGCCUGGGACUCAACCUGACAAAGUUUGUCCAAUAUGAUGAGAACACAUGGACAGAAGUGAACCAGGUGAAACUGCGGAACUAUGUGGUGGAGAAGAUGCCUGAGAAGUUGGGCUAUGCCCUGCGCCCCAGGGAGAAGGGCCACGCCCCCGAAGACAUCUAUCAGAUGGCUCUCAACAAGGCCCUCAAAGACCUCAAAACAAUGGGCUGCAAAAAGGCAAUGAAGAAAUUUGAAAGGCACACACUCCUGGAAUACCUCCUUGGGGAGGGGAACCUGAGCCAGCCGGCCGUGCAGCUUCUAGGAGAUGUGAUGUCCAAGGAUGGUUUCUUCUAUCUCAGCUUCGCGGAGGCCCUUAGGGCCCACAGCUGCCUGAGCGACCGGCUCCAGUACAGUCGCAUCGCGGGCGGCUGGGACCUGCUGCCGCGAGCGCUUCUGAGCUCGUUGUCGGGACCAGUGCUGCUGAACGCGCCGGUCGUGGCUAUCACGCAGGGGAUGCGCAAUGUGCACGUGCAGAUCGCGACCGCUCGCCGCGCACGGAGUCUGAAGGCGCUGACCGCGGACGUGGUGCUGCUAACAGCGAGUGGGCCGGCGGUGCAGCGCAUAAGCUUCUCACCACCACUGUCGCGUCGACUGCAGCAGGCGCUGCAUGCGCUGCACUACGUGCCGGCCACCAAGGUAUUCCUGAGCUUCCGCCGGCCCUUCUGGCACGACGAGGACAUUGAAGGCGGCCACUCAAACACAGACCGCCCAUCGCGCGUGAUAUUCUAUCCGCCGCCGCACGAGGGUGCGCUGCUUCUGGCCUCGUACACGUGGUCGGACGCGGCAGCCUCGUUUGCCGGCCUGACCUUGGACGAGGCUCUGCGCUUGGCGCUCGACGACUUGGCGGCACUGCACGGGCCGCUCGUGUACCGGUUAUGGGAUGGCAGCGGCGUCAUCAAGCGCUGGGCAGAGGACCCGCACAGCCAGGGUGGCUUUGUGGUGCAACCACCGGUGCUCUGGCAAAACGAGAAGGACGACUGGCAGGACUACAAUUGGGCGGUCCCUUAUGGCCGCAUCUACUUCGCAGGCGAGCACACGGCCCUCCCCCACGGCUGGAUGGAGACCGCUGUCAAGUCGGCCUUGCGGGCUGCCAUUAAGAUCAACAGCGGGGAGGGUCGUGUGUCCGUGACCCCCAGCCCAAAGCGGCCCAGCCAUGCACGCGUGCACUCAAUGGCCAGUAGCGCCCCGUGUGACCUGGCAAAGGGAGAUUCCACCCAACUUCCAAUCCUACACCAGUUAUCUCUCCCGAACACCACCCACAAAAGAACCUCGGAUUAAAGUAUUUUCGGAAAAAGCCGUGUGAUCCUGCCUCCUCCUUGGCGCAGUUUCCCAGUUCGCCCUGAACCAAAGCGAUUAGCCCUCCAGUCAGAAAGGCCUCGUCUCUGCUGGAGCCCAGAG